GGUUGGCUGGGGAUUUCUGCGAAAAUGUCUGCCACUUUGGUUGCAGCUUCCUUAUUCCAAGGCUUGUUAUUGGAUGUUUCGGGCCCUUGUUUUGCUAGUCACUCUCUCCGGCGACUUGAAUUGCUCAAGGCAAUGCCUGCGGGAGGGGGUUUGGACAAAAAACCAGUGAAGCCAAUGGAACAACUCGCAGCUGUUUCCUACGUCACAAUGAGUGGCAGCCUUCAGUUUGUUUCCGUCCCCGACAUGAAGCAGAACCAAGGAGACUCCUACUGCAACGGUCUGAUUCAGCCUGCGCACAACUGGGCCUAUCCGCCAUACGAUGAGGGCUAUGACGCAUCCAGAGGCUAUAGCCGCAACGAGUGGAAUGAGGGCGACUAUGGCUGUGAGGAAACUGACAGCCGUCGUCCCCGUCGUCGGGGUGGCCGCCGCCGCAAGAACAAGGGUACCAUCCAAUCUGUGGGAAGCUUCACCGAUGUGACCACGCCAUCUGCUUCCCCUGCGAAGGUGGGACUUCAAGAUGAGUUUGGAUCUCCAGACCAUUCUGAGGCAACCCUGGAGAUGCUUAAGAUGGCCUCCUCCGAGGAGGAUUGCGCAGCUAUCAUGGCCAGGUUAGAUUCCAAAGAAACAAGGGAUGAAACCAUUGGAUGGGUGUUGGAAGCUGCUGUGCCCUUGGCCCUUUCGAAAGGUGGCACAGUGAUUGUGCAGAAAGCCUUUGACGUUGCAGGGCCCCUUUCGUGCAGUCUGCUGUUGGAUGAAUUGGCACCGAAGGCUAUAGAGCUCUAUGAAUCUCCACAUGGGAAUUGGUGCCUCUGCAAGGCCGUGAUGGUGCUUCCAGCCAAGUGGAUGUCCAAAAUAGUGGAGACGCUUCAGGAAAGGAGCUUCGAGGAGGUCUCCAAACACAAAUUCGGCUGUCGACUCAUGGAGCGCCUCAUUGAACACUUGGAGCCCAGCCAGACGGCAGUGAUUGCAGAGGAAAUCAUUCCGAAAGCAGAUGUCCUCAGCAAGCAUCAGUACGGGAACUUUGUGGUUCAGCACCUCUAUGAACAUGCUCCCAAUCAACGAGACAAGAUUCUGAGCAAGAUCCUGGGCCAGGUGCCUUCCAUGGCUACCCAUCGCACUGCCAGCCACGUGGUGCAAAGAGCUUUGACCUAUUCUGAUGAGCGAGGACAGGCCAUGAUUGUCCAGGCAUUGCUGCAUGGUCAUGGGGAGAACAGCUUGGUGAAAGUUGCGACUGGUCGCUAUGGAAGCUUUGUAGUAGAGCAACUUGGGCAGUUGCCCAAUUGGGAUCUCAUAGUCAAAGCUCGCUUGGAAGCUGAGCUGCUGGAAUUGGUGAGCUCUGCCUUUGGAAGGCGUGUCGCGGAAAACUUCGAGAUAGAGCUGCCGGAGGAGUGGCGUGACUCUGCUGCCAGUGAAUCCUCGACAGGUCAGUGGCCUGGUGCUAAUGAUGAGAGAUGAGCCCUUGAGUUGGUUGCCUGCUUCCGCCGAGAAAGUUGGCGGUGCAAGGCUACGAGAGUCACUUUAGCAUUGUUGGACAGUUUCGCUGCAUUUUUGUACGAAUCAGGCAGGAAUUGGAUGGCAGCCUAUGUGUUGGUGCAGCUUCUCCCGCCCACCAUAGGCUGAAUGUCUGAUCUCAUCCCCGAGCAGGUUUGGAUUUGGGGUGGAGCUGGCAUUGUGCACUUCAUUUGCCAAGGUGCUCUUGUUCGCAUGCUGUUUUGCAUGUCUUGCGAGUUAUUGUUGUUGCCAGCCUUGUUCACCUAAAUUGCCGCCAGAUCCUUUCUUUUUCUCAGUCGCCGAUGUGAUCCGUUUUUCAAUCCCUUCCACAGCUUUGCUUCAGC